AUGGCACCAACAGGGGAGGCCCUGCUGCGAAGCAAGAUAAAAGAUCUAACAGACGAGAGGGAUGCUCUUCUGAAGAUUGUCAAAGUUCACGGAGCAGGUCCUCGUCCUCCUCUUCCUCCUCCUCCUCCUCCUCGAACCAUCGACGCCGACGCCACAAGAAGAGCAGGAAGAGUAAGAAGAGUAAGAGGGAGGACGCACAAGAAGAGCACAAAGAGCAAGAGCAAGAAGAAACAUGGCCACAAAAGAGGCCGAUCCAAAGCCAGAAAACGCUAUUCCAGCUCUUCCUCAUCUUCCUCAUCUUCCUCCUCUGAUGACAAGGGCAAGUCAAAGAAGUCAAGAGGCGGACACAGCGAGGACUGCAGAAGAGCUCGUGACCCUGAUGAGGCGGUGGACCGAUACAGGAAGGUCCUGGCCAAUACGGCCAAGGGCGUGAAGAUUCGCACGGCCUGCGAAAAAGCGGGCGUCAAUGCUCUUACAAUUAGGGCCACAGCCAAUAUUGCUGAGCUGGCUUUGGCCGACCCGGAAAAGUAUGUUGCCGUUAAAGAAGCAAAUACAGGGGUAACGCUCGGGGAAUUUGCCCGCCGCUGCCACCAGGCCAUCCGGGGUGAUGAGGAACUGAAGGCAAAAGUGGAAAAAAUGAAGAGGGAGAGAGGGCUGGUGCCUUUCUCUAAAAAGUUUUAAACUUUUUGGAAACAUGUUCAUUUUA